UUCUUGCAAUUUGUGUACCAGAAGUAUUUUCAUUGUAAGUAAGUUAGCGUUGAUCCUGUUCUUGAAAGUCUUUUGCGGUUUCUAUUUGAAUUCUUUUGAACGGAUAAAGAAAAUCGCGAAGGGUAUCCCGAAACUACUAUUCACGAGUUUGUCCACUGACCACCAUCUUGGAUAAAUUUCAUCGUUGAGUGUUUUGCUUGCUUACACCAAGGUGUAAGACUGUCAUCAGGAGAGGAGCCAACACAUUUGAAAUAAUGAAGAGAGAAGCGGAUGCAUGCGCCAUUGCAGGUUCUGGAGGUCCAAAUAGUCCUCAUAAACGCUACCGGCAAGGUGAUGAUGAACUACGUCUUCUAAUUCCCAGCAAAGUUGCCGGAUCUAUUAUUGGCAAGGGUGGACAAAACAUUACAAAACUUCGCAAUCAGUACAAAGCCUCGAUCAUUGUACCCGAUUGCCCCGGACCCGAACGUGUGCUGACCAUAAGCUCAGAUUUGGCUACCGUCCUAACUGUGCUCAACGAGGUUGUACCUAACCUAGAAGAGAAUGGUCCUCGUGUGGGGAAUAAUGAGAUCGAUAUUCGAAUGCUGGUUCAUCAAAGUCAGGCUGGUUGUGUCAUCGGAAAAAAUGGCUCGAACAUUAAAGAACUACGUGAGAAAACUGGAGCCAGAAUAAAGAUUUAUUCCAAUUGCUGUCCACGCAGCACAGAUCGUCUCAUCANGCUUUAG